UUGGGAACCUAUGCCUUGUCUGAGUGAGAGAGAGAGAGAGCUCUUUCCUCACAAUCAAAGCGAGUCUAUUCUGCUUUAGUUUUCACCCCAAAUAAAUACAUCUGCAGAUUUGCACGAUUUUAGCAUCAAGUUCUUGAUUUUCGUCACAGUAUUCUUAACCGGGGGUCUCGAAGAAUUCUCAAUUUAUUUAAAGUCGGAAAGAUUCCAUCUUUUUCGCUGUCGGGCGGCCGGUCCGAUGAUGCAGCAAUAAGGGAUCAAAUGGGCAGUCAUGUAAUCCUGAAUCGGCGCUGAAUCGUGGAAGAUUCCGGUGAGAGAUGCGGCGGCGGGCGUUCGACUAUCGGCGCCCGGUUCGGAGGAGGUUCUCUUGUUGGAUCUGGUCACUUCUUCUGUUGUUUGUGAUUGGGGGUUCCAUUCUUUUUGUUGUUCAGCAUAACCACCGCCAAGAGGAUCAUGUCGAAUCUCCUCUUUUGGAGAUAAAUUCGAGAAAAGAAUCGAUCGUUCACGAGAGUAGUCGGAAUUUCACGGAUGAAAUAUUAAGCGCAAGAUCAUACGCCAGACAAAUAUCAGAUCAAAUGACACUCGCCAAAGCUUAUGUCAUCAUUGCUAAAGAACACAAUAACCUCCAUCUCGCAUGGGAGCUCAGUUCCAAAAUACGAAGCGGCCAGUUACUGCUCUCGAAAGCCGCAACUAGAGCGGACCCCAUUUCUCCAAACGAAGCAGAACCCAUCAUUAAAAGCUUAUCGGGCCUCAUUUUUAAAGCCCAAAAAGCCCAUUACGAUAUCGCAACCACAAUUAUGACCAUGAAAAACUUCAUCCAAUCUAUCGAAGAGCGUGGAUAUGCAGCUACUGUGCAGAGUACAGUGUUGGGACAAUUGGCCGCCGAAUCGUUACCCAAGAAUCUUCAGUGCGUCGAGAUUAAACUGACGUCCGAUUGGCUGCAAAACAAGUCCAUGAUAGAGCUCGCGGAAUAUACCAGGGAAUAUUCUCCUCGACUGGUGGACAACAACCUUAACCACUUUUGUAUAUUUUCAGACAACACUAUCGCAGUUUCGGCUGUGAUUAAUUCAACCGUUUCGAAUACAGAGCACCCCACACAGCUCGUUUUUCAUGUAGUGACGAAUGGAGUGAAGUACGGAGCCAUGCAGGCUUGGUUCUUUAGUAACGAUUUUAAAGGUGCAAUAAUCGAAGUCCAAAAUAUUGAGGACUUCACUUGGUUGAACUCGAGUUACUCGCCUUUAGUGAAGCAACUACACGAUAAUCCCGGCGUCGAGCCGAACUACAUCUCUUUGCUAAAUCACCUCCGAUUCUACAUACCGGAGAUUUAUCCGUUCUUGGAAAAGAUAAUCUUUCUCGACGAAGAUGUUGUUGUGCAGAAAGAUUUGACGCCUCUAUUUUCGCUCGAUCUGCAUGGAAAUGUGAAUGGUGCGGUUGAAACUUGCCUCGAAAGUUUCCACCGUUACUACAAAUACCUCAAUUUCUCGAGCCCACUUAUCAGCACGAAAUUCGACCCUCAAGCGUGCGGAUGGGCUUUUGGAAUGAACGUGUUCGAUUUGAUCGCAUGGAGGAAGGCUAAUGUGACAGCUAGGUACCAUUACUGGCAGGAACAGAACGCUGAUUGGUCGAUUUGGAAGAUGGGUACACUUCCUCCGGGAUUAUUGGCGUUUUACGGGCUCACAGAGCCGUUGGAUCGAAGAUGGCAUGUGCUGGGGUUAGGGUACGAUUCGAGUAUAGAUCAACGGUUGAUAGAGACUGCAGCGGUGGUUCACUUUAACGGGAAUAUGAAGCCGUGGUUGAAAAUGAGCAUCGGGAGGUAUAAGAAUCUUUGGCAACGGUAUGUGAAUCAGAGUCACCCACAUCUUCGAGACUGUCUCACCACAAGUUGAUAGGUUGAUACUAUACUUUUUUUUUCCGUUCGAAUUACGUGAUAUUUGUUCCGAAUUUUACGAUCUUGUAACAAUAUUUUUCGUUCCAAAUUUUGAAAUUUUGAUUUUUGAUUUUGAUUAUUAUUAAACCACAUUUGGAAU